CGUUGACACUAUUGCCUUUUGUUGCAUUCACGAAACAUGCAAAUGUUAAUUUUACAAAAGUUCCUUUCAAGCAAAAGGAGAUAUUUAUAUUUCACAUGCACGAUAAAGGCCCUCCGGUGGAAAAUUGCAAAUCAAACUAAUUAAAUCUAAGGAAUCCAUUACUGUACAUAUGACCUGAUAUAAAGGUAAAAAUUAUCGACUUUAUUGACUGAAGUAUGUGUUCUCUGGUUCUGCAUUAUAUUAUUUUGUUCCAUCCCAUUUUGACCUUCGCCACGCCCCUUUCAUUCCACUCGACUACCGUUAAAACUAAAUAGCGCCCUCUUGUGACAAAAAUCAGCGAAAGUGAUUUUCACUGGUGUCAACACGCAUGAGUUGCUCACCGGCAAAAAUGGGUUGCCGAGUACCAGUGAAAACUUAUUGGGUGGUCUUUCAAAACAAGAUUGGAAGUUCAGAUUUCUUUGCCACGUAUUUCAAUAAAUUCAUAAACAUUUUAAAUAAAUAUCCCAUUUAAUUAUGCAAAAAUGUUCAAUAAAAUUACACAGAAAUGAAAAGUGGGAGAUUCGUGUGAAAAUGCUGGUAAAACAUGUUAAAUAUCUGAUUAUUUUUGGGCGAGGGUGGUGAAAGUUGCUAUUUUUGGACCACCCACGUGGAGUUAAAGGGAGUAAAAAAAAUAUCAUUGGAACGCAGACGUUUGGGUUCAACUUCAAGAUGUCGCCAUGUUGAGAAUGUUUUGUUUGGUUUAAACAUAACAUUUGUCUUUCUUAUUCAGUGGAUGAUCGAAAUUUACCGUGACUGAUCGGAUUCAGUAAUAUAGAUUUCGAGACUCGAAGAAUUCGCAAGGAUAUUUAUGGACGGAGCUUUUGUUUUGUGGAAUAUACUCCUAGGACGUCCCGCCGCGCUGAUUAGUAGGGGCAUGAGGGAACUGAUGAUGCCACCAACACAUGCGUCUCAUUUUUGAGAAUGGAACUUGUGAAGAAAAUGCAGUGACAGUGACAAAAGAAACCGGCAAAGUUGCAACCUUCCCAAAACGGUUCUCUUCCCUGAUGCAAGGGAGCACAGCAUGCACAGCCACCUCAUUUACAUAUAAGUAGUAUCUGACCCCCAAUAUGGCGUCCAGUGAUGAAGAAUCACUCAACUCAUCCAGCCCGAUGCCAGUGGCAUCCAGGCCCAACGCCAACUCAGAUGUCCCGGACAUCGCCACAACGGCCAUCCAUGCCACGUCUCUGGGACUGAUCUUUCUGAUCGUGUGCUUCCUGAACUUUCUCGUCGCUUUCACCUUUCACAAAAAGGCCUACCUGGUCACAUCCAGCAACCGUUUCGUCUUCAGCCUGGCUCUGUCCAACUUCGUCGUCGGGGCGGUGGUGCUGCCCUUCAACAUCAUGAGCUGCCUCUGGAGGGAGUGGAUCUUUGGGGUCAUGUGGUGCAAUCUGACGGGGUUUGUCACGGUGUCUAUCACCACUGGCAGCCUGUUCACUUUGACCAUUAUUACUAUUGACAGGUAUUUUGCAAUAUCGCAGCCCAUGAUGUAUCCCACAAAGAUAACAAGUAUGCGGACAGUUGAGCUGAUCAUUUUAGCCUGGAUUCUUGCCGUAGUGUGUAGUCUACCUCCAGUCUUUGGCUGGUCGCAGUAUCAGUAUAGCAUAUUCAGAUCCAGCUGCUUCAUUAAUUGGAGUAAGCAUCCAUCAUAUGCAAUCUUCUUCACGGUUUCAUGUGUGCUCGUCCCAUUCCUCAUCAUAUCUGGGUGCUAUUUGAAGAUUAUACAAGUAGCCCAUGUGACACGGAGAAGGGUCAGUAACGGUAAUGUCGUCGUGACAGGAAACCUCAGGAACAGGCGACGGUCUCGUCGGACUUCCUUACUGGUCAAUAUACGCAUGAGUUCACCGACUAAAGCAUUACGGACAGUUGCGAUUACAGUGGGUGCUUUUUUAGUUAUAUGGGGGCCCGUGACUGCGGAGUUGCUCUACGAGGCUUUCAAUGGGUCACACGCUGUUCCUGUUUGGGUGCUGAGCUUGGUGACGUUACUGUGGUAUGCGGGCUUUAUCAUGCAUCCCUGCGUAUAUGCUGUCUGGAAUCGCAGUAUACGACGGGAGCUCCUGUCGUGGUUUUGCGCAAGGGGACGUUGGCUGGAUGAUGAGCAACCUUUGCUGUUUGUGGCAAGGAAGGAGUCACGUGCCGUCAGCAUCAGUGGGAGUAUAACGGACCUCAGUUAUGCAGCUUCACUCCAAAGCAAGGCUAACGUGCUCGGUGCGAUGGGUGCAGCUGGUACUCAGAGCUCAAGCAAUGACUCAGGAACUGUGCUCACGUGCAUCGAGGAAGAUGACCCAGAGGUGGAAGGAGAACUCAUCCUGAAACCACGCCCUAACUCCUUGAGACACAAAGUGGUCACUCCAAGAGUGAAUCAACUGCAGACCAUCGUUGACGUCCAUACUCCUAUUGGGUUUAUCGGUGGAUCGGAAGACUCUUUAAGGACUUCUGACAAGGAAGACAAUCUGGACGAAGGUAUUCUGGAGGAUGCCUAGCAAACUCAUCUGGAUUUGCAGGCCACAAUCUCCUUUGGGGGGGGGGGGGGUUGACCGCAACUGUCUGAUUUUUACAAAAUUUUUCACAAAGUCUGAAAGGCAGUUUAUAUGUACAGCUAAUUAUUUAUCUUUUCAUUUGCUAUGCAAAAUGCUGUGCUACCUUUUUGAAAGUUUAAACAUUGGACAGAUUCGUCUGAAAGGCAGGGUAAAUGUUAGAUGGCAGGUUUAGUGCUAGUACAUACAGUUAGAAUAUGCAAAGUAUUUAGAUAGUGCUAUUUUAAA